AUAGCUAUAACAGUAGUAUGACUGAAACAGCUGUCUCUCUGAGCCUUAUCUUUCUGCACACAUUGAUAGUCAUUGAUUUACUGCUUUUUUGUGUGUGUGUGUGUGUGCGUGUGUGUGUGUGUGUGUGUGUGUGUGUGUGUGUGCGCACGUGUGUGUGUCUAUUUUUUCACUGCACCGUCAUGGAUUUGUUUUUCUGAGGCACCUGCCUGCACUUCACAGCCAUAUUUCUACACAGUUUCUUCUACUUUACUACACUGUGAUACAUUACAGGGGGCUCUCUGCUAUCUGGUCACCACUAGAGGGAGACACCACUGAUCCACACAGUGAAGCCUUCUUGGUUUGACACCAGCUUCUGUGCCAUAGUGCAACAUUAAAGCAAACAUUUAAUUACUGUAUGUUUUUUUUUUUUUGUUUUUUUUUUAAAUGCUGCUUUUGUUUUGCACUUUGGGAUCAGCCAGGAGUUCAAACCAGGACUCGGAUCAGCAGGCUGUUAGACAGUUAGUACAAAAGAUAAUGUUCAUAGGUUAGGAUGCUGUAUACUAAUGUUUUGUUUUGUUUUGCCAAUAACCUCAAGUGGCCUUGUGUUGAAGUAGCUUGACUUAUUUGUCAUGAAAGGUUAUUACUAUACUGCUAUAAUUAGAUUAGGCCCCCUGUGGCCUGAGGUGUGGCACUGAAUGAAGUUUUGUUAAUGUUUUUAAUCAUGGAAAAAAAAAAGAAGAAGACAUCCCCUGCAGCUUAAGUUGUGUAUCAGUGUUAUGAUGUACCUCGGAAGAUCAAUUUUUAGGAUUACAUCUGGAAUCAAAAGAAUUUAAAAGAUGAAGUUGGUUGAAGUUAUUGUGAAGUUGACCUGAAGAGGGCGCUGGUCUUCCCUGAACUUUUCUAUAUUGGUGUAACGGUAAUAACACUUGUGUGGGUGUCACAGUUACACCACCGACUGUGAGGCAUUACUCUUCAUAAGCUUGUGUAUUUAGUCACGCUCAGAAAUCAUUAAGCCCUAAAAAACAAGUUUAUUAAGAUUAUCUGGAUAAUAAAUCAGGACUCAUUUACAAUACUUACUGUACUGAAGGAAUGUUGGAAGUGAAAAUAAAUAAUGAUAUCAAUAAUUUGGUGCCUUUUAUCAGAGUAGUUUUACAUGCCAGUCUUUUGUUUUACUUUUCCAUUUAUUUCCUGCUGUUAUGUCUGUGCUUUCAUAUCCUCCACAAAGAUUAUUUACAUAAACCCUGCUUAGAAUACUUAACUGUGUUUUUUAUAAUUUUAAAUUGAUUUGUUUAUACAAACAUUUUAAUUUAUGCUCAUCACUACUGAACAAGAUUUUUUACUGAGUCUUAAACAGUGUCUUACGUCUAAUAAAAUAUAUGAAAAGAUGAUCUAGCUCUGACUUCCUUCAACUCACAUAUUUAACCAGUAUCUGUAUUAACUUGUAUAAAUCUUGUGCUCUUAUUUUUGAAUAUAUAUUUUUUAACAUAGGUAGAUAGAUACCCUUGUAGUUAUCUAUCUACCCAUCCAUCCCUGCAUCCAUCCAUACAUACACACAAGAGUAGCUUCUACCCAUAUGUUUCUCUGUGGGUGCUUAUGUUAUGAAUAAUAACGCCCUGUUUCUGCAGCCUUGCAUGAUAUUCAUUGCUGCACUCACAGAACUUUGCCAGAGGUCACUGUUCUCUGUGUGACUUAAUCAAAAAUAAGCAUGAAGCGUUUUCAAAAGUUUUCAAAAAUAAACUGAUACUCCCCAAAGAAAUUUUUUAUUUAAACACAGAACACGAUUAAGUAAUGCUAAAUAAUCCAGUUGCAUAAUCCCUGAAUCGACACUGCAACGGCAGACUUGUUAUGGAGUGUAAUUAAUCUUACUGCUGCAGAAGAGAUCUGCUGUCCUUGGGGCAAAACACAUUGCUUGAGAGAUGAAGCAGCUCACAUGAUUGUGCUGUGACUGUCUUCUGAGGAUGUGGGUGUGGGAAUUUGUGUUUCUUUUUGUUUCGAUGAGAGCACAAGCGUCCCACUGCUCUUGUUGUCCUCCAUGUAAAGCUGAUGAGAAGCAUCGGUCCUUGGGCUGCCGUCAUCUGCCUGAGCACUUUUCCAUCAGGCCAAUAAUCUGGAGGGAAAACCUCUCGUCAAUUUGGCGCUUCAGUGAAAUCCUGGAAAAUGGGAAGCUAAAAACUUGGUUUUGGCUAAGGUCCGCUUUGUAAAGAAUCUCUACAGAGCAUCCCACAGGGACUGUGGCAGAUUCUCCUCUGGCAUCCAAGAGGGCGUUCCACUUGUGAAAGAACUGAAACACAACUUCUCUCUGGAUUAUCUGACAUUGUGAACAUCCACUACCAGCUGACUCUGUUCUUAAUAGAUGGGUUCAGCCUUUAACAGGUUCUGCAUGCAGUUCUGCUGCUGCUGCUGUGUUGCUGAUGAUGAAGAAGAAGAAGAUGAAAAGCAGCCUUUAGUACCUGCGGAUCCGUUGGACUAUUUUACCCGUGAAGUCCAGAAGCGUCGAGAUGAGGAAACAAACCUGUGGAGUGAGCCGGGAGACCCCAGCCAUUCAGAGAGACAGGAUGACCGGGUGCUCUACUCUCUGCUGCAGGCCAGGCAGAAGACCCGCAUGGGCUCCACGGGCUAUCGUCGUCUGAGUGUUGAUAUCGAGGCCAUGAGAGACACACGCAGAGAAGUCAGAGAGAAAUGGAAGACAAUCCUGGAAAAUCUAGGUUUUAUGGCAGAAGCAGACUCUCUGCUGGCUGUGUCUGCUGGGGGCUCACAUGACCGCAUGCGUAACGCCCCGAGAGCACGUGCCCUCCUUCACACACUUCACUCUGAGACCUCCAUCUUCAACAGCAACAAAGAACCACCACCAGAAAGAUAUCUUUUCAUCCUGGAUCGUCUCCUGUACCUAGAUAUAGCUGAAGAUUUUGUGGCAAAGGCAAAACGAUUCUACCCUCCAAAGGAUGACUCUGACGAGGAGACGCCAGGUCUCUCCGUAAACCUGCCGCUGCUGCUGGCCAGGAUGGGGGCCAUGAACGGAGGAGGGGAAGAUGAGGAGGAGCAAAGCGAAAAAGAUGAUGAAAACUUGAGUGACUGAGCCCAAGAUCUAUGGGCUGCAGUAAUAAGAGACACAAAGCAGGGGGCAGUAGUCAUCAACCCUGGAGACCUGGUUGACAGCUUUGCAUAGCUCUUAUUCAAGUGUUUGUUGCCUCAUACAGUGUUGUUGCUGCUUUUUUGGAAGUUCUAGGCUAAAAUAUUCCCCUCUCUCAUUUAGCUUGACUCUUUUUUGUUUAGUCUGGCCGAACUCUAAAAGGAGAUUUGCAGAUUUUGAAAUGAAUCCCACGGAUGAGUAUUAACUGUGUUUUUUCUCUCCACCAAAGAGUGUUAUCGGGGUUGUAGGCGGUUCAUUGUUCAUGUGUUGUGAACCUUCAGGGUAACUAUGUUCUUCUGAGCAAUGCUUCUUUAUAGUUCUGUCCUAUGAUUAUCAGCACUCAUUUCAUUCAAUCAUGUGAUCAGUAAGAACGCGGAAUAAAUAGCACACCGAUCUGAUGUCAGACUUUCCUCUAAAGGUUUUACAGGAAAGAGUGUUUGCAUGAUCACUGCUUUAACUCAUUUGAAUCUGUAUGUGGUUUAAAAUAUUUGAAGAAUAGCAAAAAGAAAUGCAAUGCGAGUACUGUAAGUUGAAUUUUUAAGUUGGUUGUUUGCGUGACUGAGAUGGAAGAAUGUUUUUCCUGUUCAGCAAUUUGCUGAAAAUGUGAAAGAUUUAUACAAGUAUGCGAUAGUUUGUGUUUUGGUGUGAAGUUACCUUGAAAUAAAGUUCCAGCCUAAAGCCUGUUUUAUGUAAUGUCACAUGCAUCUUUCUCAUGUCAGGUUGCUUGCUAUUC